AAAACACCCUGGAGCAAGUGCCCGAUCUUGUUUAUAACUUUAUAUGGCGGGAAAGUUCAAUUUGUAGCACGACACGCUAAAAUAAUCUGUGACAAUUUACAAUGUCAAGUCGGGUGCAAGUAGAAGACAUGGAAGGAAAUGAUGAGCAUGAGCUGAAAGAGUAUAGCAACACUGACGAAGAUAAUAAGAUAAUAUCUCCAAUACAAUUUCAUAGUUCAGAUUUGUCUGAUAAUUUAUAUGAUCAGGAAAAUCCAGUUCCUCUACAUAGGAAAAAUUCACUUGCAGCAUCCCUGACUGAAGUGUUGAUGAAAGGAAGACAUCCACAAAAACUAUCUUCAGGUUUAUCCUUACAAGAGCAAAACAAUUUGAAUGAGUAUGAGGAAUCAGAAGUAAAAGUUGAAGACUUGUUCAAAAGUAGCAAACAAAAACAGAAAACUCAAACCAAUAUCAGAGCUACUAUGGGAUAUUGGAAGUUGAUUUGGUCAGAUUUUAAGAGCUGGUAUAGAAGAUGGAGAGUAAAGAACCAAGAGACUGUUAUAUUCAAGACAUACAUUAAAAACAUGGAAGGUAACUAUGGGUCAGCAAUUGGCUCUUUGUUUGUAUUUACAAGAUGGAUCAUGUUCCUGAAUGUUCUACUUGCUGUCAUGUGGUUGUGUCUGGUCAUCUUUCCCUCAGCCAUCUCCUUUAACUAUCAUAAGAUUCAAGGACAUUUUGCUUUUAAAAAUCUGUUGGAUGGGAAGGGAGUAUUGGCUCAGGUUUGGUUUUUCUAUGGCUCGUAUGAAGGCACAAUGGAUGGUUACCACAUUGAUCUGGCUUACCUCUUCAUGAUGCUUGUUACUUACUUUGGAAGCCUCUUUGUCAUUCUAGGCAGUAUUAACCAGACUGACAUAUCAAAGUCAACAUCAGCAGUCAGUUCACGGUACAGAUUUGCUUUAAUGAUGUGGACUUCUUGGGACCAUUCUAUCACAUCUGCUGAAGCCUCAGUCAAUCUGUCUAAAGGAAUUACAAGUGCUUUUAAGGACAACCUUUAUGAAGCCAAAGCGUCGCAAACUGCUAAAGAUAGAAGUACUAAAGAGAAAGUUAAAGUUUACUCUCUCAGAAUACUGGCCUGGUUUAUAACAAUAAUUCUGAUUGGUGGAGGAUGUACAGCUAUUGUAUAUUUGGUCAUAUUUGUAAGCUUUGAAGAAGUUGUACCAAAUAUGGGCAGCGAUAAUGUUGAGGAAUCUGACAAUACAGACUUUAUUGGUGUUUAUGGAACAACUAUUGUAUUCAGUCUGAUUAACUCUCUUGUACCCAUGUGUGUUGAACUGCUACCAAAGAUAGAGCAGUAUGAGAGUGGUAAAGAUGAGCUGAAUGUGACAUUGGCACGAGUAUUUGUCUUGCGAAUGUGCAACUUGUUUGCUCUUAUAACUCCCUGUAUAAAACUUAAAAACAAGACAGUUCAUGGAUGUGCAGGAACUGUGUUAGGACAAGAAAUGUACAAGCUGGUUAUAAUGGACACAUUGCUUCAUGCAACAAUUCAGCUUGGUAUAAAGUUUAGCAAGUAUUACUGGACAAAUGAGAAGUCAGAAUUCAAGAUCUCUUCAGCUGUUCUUGCACUACUGUAUCGACAAGCUCUUGUCUGGGUUGGUACCCUAGCUUGCCCAGUGAUGCCAAUAGUUGGUCUGGUUUCCACACUUAUAUUCUUCAUGGUCAACUAUCUGAUAGUGAUGUUUACAUGUAGACCUCCAAUAAAACGCUGGAACCAGUCUAGAAACACAUCAUUCUUCUCAGUAUUUCUGCUAGCCACUAUAGUCAUGUUGAUACCACCUGCUUCUGUUAUUAUGGGAAGUUCAGAUAUAGUCAAUCUAGGACAGACUGCCAAGCCUGGUGCCUAUUGUGGUCCAUUUGGCUCAGAGAAACCUACCAGAGCAUACACAAGGUUCAAGUCUCACCAGUCGGCCUGGAUGACAUCGCUACUAGGAUACCUGGUCUCAGAACCCGUUCUAAUUACAACAUUUAUGAUACUUUUCUCUUUAACGAUUCAUCAGAAAAGAAGACUAGGUACUGCAAAGAAAGACAUGGUUGUCCUACAAGCUGAAUUAAGUCAGGAGAGAGAAGAAAAUGAAAAGUUGAUUAAAAAGUUACAUAUUAUGGGUGUAGGAUUUGACAGACACUGAUAUAACCACAUGCUCGUUUUCAGAAGUCUUCUAUUAGUCUGAAGAAGUUUUUAAUAAUUUUUUUUUAAAGGCAGUUCCAUGUGUUUAAAGAUCUACCGAAGAUUACUUGAGGAUAUCUACCAAGGCAUUAUUGACUAAAAGUACAGUUGUAUUAAUUUUACUUGCAUAGUGUUAAUUUGAGCCAGAAAUUAAUAAGAUUGUUUUGUAUGACCAGUAUUCAUUCAGCCAAGUUUUGUGAGAACUUCACUACAUGUUGUUUGUAAACAAGAUAUCUGCAGGCCAAUUUUUUUGUUUUAAGAUGUUUUGAAACAAAUACAAUUAAUUAGGAUGAAGUUAAAGAAGAAAAAGAAAAGAACAUUGCAUUUGUUUCUUAAAAUAUUAUGUACUUCUUAUUAUCAUUGUUAGUAGUGUUAAUUUAUCUAAAAACAAAGACUAAGCUCUCCAGUGCUUUAUAUAUAACAUUGAUAAAAAUGUUGCAAUAUGCAACUAGAGUACAAAACUAGAGCUUGUCACAAAUGCCAAAUACCCCAGACACUGGCUUGUCAGAAAAUGGCUUUUGCACUGCACUUUUUCUCACUCAGAUGUAUCUACCUACAAAGUUUCAAGCUGAUACCUUUUAUAGUUCACAAGUUAUGUCCUGGACAAAGUUCAAAGUGUAAAAAUGAACAAAGGGCAAUAACUCCAAAAUUAGGGAAGGGAGAGUUGCAGUUCUCCACCUCACUUCUACUUUCAAAUCUAAUCCAUGUGUCAAAAGACCAUAUAAGUACUUGAAUUAACCACCUUAGUCAUAUUACAACCCUUAAAAUAAUACUGGACAGAACAAAGUCAUGAAAG